AUGGAGGCGUCGGUCUCGUCGUCCUCGGUAGACGAUGAUUUCGGUCCAGAAAUCCGCGGUCGAUGUUACACUUGGCCAAUGCAACAGUUCAUCUACGACACAGUGCCGAGUACGGCAUUAUCGCUUGAACAUCCCCCAUCAUCAGUGCAUCCAUCGAUGCCACGUGAACCGACCGUGGCCCAGCUUCUAGCGGCUACUCCAUCGUCUUCCACAGCUAUGGGUACUCAUCUUAUGCCGUUAGGAAUGACGUUACCUCCCGAUUUCUCUACUGGUCAUUCACUGCUACCUCCGAAAAAGAAACGAUGUCGUAAGAAGCCGAGCGAUCAGUUAGCGCAGAAGAAACCAAAUCCGUGGGGUGAAGAGUCCUACUCGGAUAUCAUAGCGAAAGCACUCGAGUCAGCUCCAGAAGGACGACUCAAGCUGAACGAGAUCUAUCAGUGGUUUUCCGAUAAUAUUCCUUAUUUUCGAGAGCGAUCCAGUCAAGAAGACGCUGCUGGAUGGAAGAACUCAAUUCGACAUAAUCUGUCGCUGCACUCACGCUUCAUGCGUAUCCAGAAUGAAGGUGCUGGCAAGUCGUCAUGGUGGGUGAUCAAUCCGGACGCGAAACCGGGCCGAAAUCCCCGGCGUGUGCGCGCCUCCACCCUCGACACCACCAGCAAGGCAACACUGAGUAAAAAACUUAAAGGAGCUCGAAAACGGAUCCAUGAAAUUCGUUCUGUCGGCGGGCUGCACAGUGGCGUGUCCAGCUUAGGUGGAUCGCAGACGUCAGUUAUGUCACAUGACAUCUACGGUGACGACGAUGCUAUGCAGACCUCGUUCGACUCGGUAUUCCGUCCCAGAACGCAGUCGAACUUGUCGGUGCCCGGCUCGUCAACCCGAGUGUCACCGUCGAUGGAGCACCCGUUCGACGACUUUGACUUUCCCAGUUGGGUCAACGACGCCGCAGCAGCGUCGACGGCUGCCGCAGCUGCCGCCGGCAACGCCAAUCAUUCCAGCGCUGCUCCGAUCCCUACCGACAUUCUUGACAGGACUGAUCAGAUUCGAAUCGACUCUUGUCGUGCAAUGAUGAAUGGUGUGAAACAGGAGCCAAAGUCUAUUAAGGUGCGUGAGCCUGUUACCGAACCAUCUGUGGCGCAGCCACAGCCACCUUCUUAUCUUGAGUUGAGUAGUGUCAGAAAUCACUCUCAGCUACAGAACCCGCUUCUUCGAUCCCAGUUGGCAUCCGUGAAAUUCCCUGGAUCUGGGCUUCCGCUCACAUAUCAGACCUAUUCGCCGUGGCCAGGAGCGCAUCAUAGCCCACAUCUUCUUCCGCCGUCGUCAUGUGCAGCAGUCGCGCAGGCGAAUUCCGUCGCGGCAGCCGCCGCGCUACCGUCGGACCUCGAAAGCCUCACACUGCCCGACCAGCCGCUGAUGGAUUUCGAAGUCGAAUCACUUUUACGGCACGAACUUUCGCAGACAACGGAUCAUCGCCUCAAUUUUGACAAUCUCUGA